AUUCCGCCCCGUCACUCCGUCCCGUCACUCCUGUCCCGUCACUCCUGUCCCGUUCUUCACUCCGUCCCGUCACUCCUGUCCCGUCACUCUGUCCCGUCCUGUCUUUCAGCACGAUACCAGAACGAGUUGUCGGGGGUGGACACGGAGCAGCUGGCCGAGAGGUUUUACCACCAGUCGCUGUCGGUGGCUCCUCACGUGGGCAUGCCCUUCAACCAGCUCGGGACCCUGGCUGGCAGCAAGUAUUACAACGUGGACGCCACUUACUACUACCUCAGAUGCAUCCACUCUGAAAUGCCUUUUGAAGGAGCGUAUGGGAACCUGACACGACUCUUUGACAAGGCGGCCAAGGCCUACCAUCAGAUCCGCAGAACAGACACAAAGAAACUGUCUGUGAGCAGACAAAGAUCGAGAGACAUCAAGCGUCUGUUGGUGAGUUUCAUGUACCUGCAGAGCCUGCUGCAGCCCAAACACAGCACGUCGGAUGUGGAGGUGACAUCAAUCUGCCAGUCUGUGCUGGAGGAUUUCAACCUGUGCCUCUUCUACCUCCCGUCCACUGUCGGUCAGAGCGGCUGCAGUGAGGAGGAAGAGGAAUAUGAGCGAGGAUUCGGCUUCCUGCCCGACCUGCUGGUCUUCCACAUGCUCCUCAUCUGCCUCAUGAGUGUGCACAGCCUGAAGAAGACCGGUAUGAAGCAGUACAGCGCAGCCAUCGCCUUCACCCUGGCCCUCUUCUCCCACCUGGUCAAUCACGUCAACAUCCGCCUACAGGCCGAGCUGGAGGAAGGAGAGAACAGCGUGCCCACCCUGCAGCCCGAUCCCCCAGAUGUGCCGGAGGGCCCGGCCCUUCCCCCGCGGGCCCCGGAUCAGGAGGGUCCGGAUGGGGCGGCGAGCCGGCUGGCGAACGGUGCCACGGGGGUCGUCAAGGGCCGGGGCAAGAAGUACCCGCGUCUGUGCCAGCUCCGGCGGCGGAGGCAACGACAGCGAGGGGAGGAGAGCGACCUGAGCGAGGGUUUUGACUCGGACCCCAGCGAGGACUCUGCCAAGGACAGCGAUGGGUCUGAUUCUGGCUCGGAGCCCAGUGAGGAGGAGGAGCAGGCUGCCUUCGACAUGGAGUCAGACUCCGACAUGAACAGCCAGGAGUCCCGAUCCGACCUGGGUGACAUUGAGGAGGAGCCGGGGCCGGGGCCUGUUCCCACCGAGGGAGGGGCCCCGCAACAAGGGGGGGCCCAGGACACAGGCCCCGACCCCCCCUCCAACGGCCCCGGGCCUCCCAACGACCCUGCCAUCGUCAGCAACCUGCAGGCCCUCUCCUCACAGAUGUUCCAGCCCAAGAGAUGCUUCCGCUUGGCCCCCACCUUCAGCAACGUCCUGGUCAGAGCCCCCCCUGAACAACAGGCCCCCACCACACCCGGGCAGCCCGACAGGCCGUGUGCGAACGGGCUGGAGCAGGGGCCCGGCCCCACCGAGCACGACGGCGGCUCCGACUCGGAAGCGAGUGAGGGCAGCAACAAGUCGGUGCACAAGGAGAAGAGUUCGCUGGAGAAGCUGCAGGUCCUCGCCAGUGAGGGGCUCCUCACCACCGUCAAAGUCUUCCUGGACUGGCUACGCACCAACACCGACAUCAUCCUCAUGUGUGCGCAGAGCUCGCAGAGUCUGUGGAACCGCCUGUCGGUGCUGCUCAACAUGUUGCCCGAAGGACGCAAACUGAGAGACGCAGGAGUGUGUGUGUGUGAGGGAGUGAGCAAGCAGCUUGUCCAGAGUGAAGAUGCCGACUGGUCGCAGACGUUGCCGUUACCGGAGGACGUGUCUCUACGGCACCUUCCCGUGCUUCGGGCCCUGCACCGCAAACUGCCGACUGGCGGCACCGAGCUGCCAUCCGGCACGCUGGAGGAGUCCAUGGUGCGUAUCUGUUGUAUCCGGAGUUUCGGUCACUUCCUGACCCGACUGCAGAGGAAGGUUCUUCAGUUCAACCAGCAGCUGGGGAUCUUCAUCAGUGUUAACCCCAGCGAUGAGGAGACCCUGCUGGAGCAGACCCAGGCCCAGCUCCGCAUGGCUGAGGAAGAGGCUCGCAGGAACCGGCUGAUGCGGGACAUGGCGCAACUCCGGCUGCAGCUGGAGGUGUCGCAGUUGGAGGGCAGCCUGCAACAGCCCAAGAGCCAGUCCACCUUGUCUCCGUACCUCAUCCCCAACACACAGGCCAUCUGUCAGCAGCUGCCCAACAUCAGGCACCUGGCCAGCAGCAGCCGCUUCAUCAUCAUCAUCCCACGCACAGUGAUCGAUGGGCUGGAUUUCCUCAAGAAAGAAAACUCGGGCGCACGGGACGCCAUCCGGUUCCUGGAAUCCGAGUUCAAGAAGGGCAACCGGUACAUCCGUUGUCAGCGCGAAACUGGGCGCUCUGUGGACAGACACAAGCUGAAGCGACACGACCUGGACGCGUGGCACUUGUACAAGAUCCUGGACAGCUGCAAGCAGCUGACGGUGUCCCAGGGCAGUGGGGAGGAGGAGGUGGCCGGGAUGGUGACCAUCCUGACAGACUUCUCCCCGGAUGACCCCAGCACUCUCUCCAAUAACGUGCAGGCUGCAUUGCAGGCCGCACACAGCACGGGUGUGGAUGUGAGGAAUGUCCAGGAUUUCUACAAGCAGUGGAAGGAGAUGGGCUGAUGUUGGAGGCUGUGACGAGAGUGUACGUACGCAAACACAGGGCCGACUGGCUCGGCGGCGCUGCCCGGUGGAAGCUCGUGGGACUGCCAUGGUGUUCACCGUCAUCUCACGGGCCCAAUAUUCGUGGCACCCGUGUGGGGAACAUUAUAAACAGCGCACCACCCAGACCACACACUCAUGGCUUUAGACACACGCACACGUACACACACGCACACACACACGUACACACACGCACGUACACACGCACGUACACACACACACGCACACACACGUGUACACGCACACACACACGUAC